CCUGAGAGUGCGGUCGGUGUCUAUUGAAAAAAUUGAAUCAACAUUCAUAUUACAUGAUUUGAUAUACGGUAUUAGUAUUGAAAUUUGAGUUUCAACAUCGUGAAGAAGGUGAACAAGGUGUCGAGGAUGUGCGAUUAUGCCGUCAUUAGAGAAGCUACACACGCCCUUGAGUGGGGACAUCAAUCUUCAACCAAUCAAGAAGAUUUGGUUGCAGUUGCAGAUUAAACUCUUUCGGAAUAGAGUAGCCUCUUUCGUUCCUGUUGUUGAGGGCGAAGUACGGACAGGAGGAGAGAGGUCAGAGUACGAAUGUGAACGAAAGGAGCACUCCUGGAAAAUAUGGAUCUCUCUUGACAUGGACUUGCCUUGGGUGGCCUAG